AUGAACAAUGCGUUUACGCCCUGGGCAGCGCCUCCGCCGGUGAUAUUUCCCUUCCUGCGUCUGCCCGCCGAAGUCCGCAACAUGAUCUACGAACAUGUCUUCAUCCUCGACGUCCACAUUGAGCUGGCCAUACGUGACGACAACGCAACGCACCUGUCAGCUUCGUCACCCUACAAAUGCCACUGCGCCCAGCAUGCGGACGAGCGCAAGGCAGUGUCACAUCACUUCCUCGCGCUGCUCGAAGCCUGCAGACUCACCAAACGGGAAGCCGCGCCUAUCCUGUACGGAAAGAACGUGUUUUGCUUCGGCGAUUGGCGCGUGUGGAAACCUGGUAAUCUCGCCAUUGCGCACCGGACCCUGCAACGCAUCGGUGCGACUAACUUGAACUUCAUUAAAGCUAUCGCUCUACACGUGGAUGCACUGCCCAGUGUGAUUGCAAGGGACUACACCGUGCCUCCUGGGACAUGGCCUGCUUGGAGAAUUCCAGCUCCCUAUCCGCAGGGCGACUUGGUUCGAUACAUUGCGGCCAUGUGUCCUCGUAUUGACACCAUCUACCUAGGCCACAUUGAUAGGCUGACGGCAUGGGUAAACCUGCUGGAUAUGCAGCAUCACGAAGUAGGCAUUAGGACCGCGAACAUGGAGCUCAUAUUGCAUCUGUUCAAGGCCACGACGAAAUGGCUGAAGCCGACUGGGAGUACCAUCCGCAUCGUCAUAGGCUGCUACGCGCCACGUCCGCCCGGUCACAUAGUGACCCCCCUCAACCCCUACGAGUGGCCUACCUAUCUGGCGGAAUGGCAAGACAGAUUUGACUUUAUAGAUAUGGACUGGGUGCACGAGGAGGAGGAGUACGGUGAUGAAGAGGAGGAGUGGGUGGAGCUGGAGCGCGACGAGUUGGAGGAGUACAUGACGAAUGAGCAUGUCAACGUGGACCAACGCUUCAAAAGGGCCGCUCUUGAGGCGGGAUGGGAGAUUCUACCCAGAGGGCGGUUGUUCGUCGAGCCCAUGGGAAAGAAGCCAAGGCCGGAGUCGGAUCCUGUCAAACGCCCAGAGAAUGGUCACGAUUCAUGA